AUGCCUGGUUUCGAUGAUCAAAAUUCGGCUGCUCAAGCCACCUCAAAUGCCACUCCAGGCUUUAACCACACCCUGGCUAUCCCCGAUAUUGAUGAAGAUGCUGGGCCAAUUGAGGUCCCAGCUUCAAGAUCUUCCGUCGCAGAAACUCAAGGACUUAUGCAUUCAUUGAGUCUCGAAAACAAAACCAAUGGACGAAGAGGUUCGCGAAACAGCUUUGGUGCUGCUCUGCCAAUUCCUCGUGCAAAGCGCCAAUCCCGUCUCUCAUCUGUUGUCACCCAAGACAGACCUUCAAGACCUGGAAUGCCAGCUAUUCAGCCCACCCGCGAGAUCCUCUCCUCCCAAGUCCAAGAUAUGUCUAAGGUUAAGACCGAGGCUGCAAAGAAUAUGGCAUUCGCUUUUGAUAUCGAUGGUGUUCUCGUUCAUGGUGAUCGUCUCAUCCCCGAAGGAAAGAGAGCAUUGGAGAUCUUGAACGGUGACAAUGAGCUCGGUAUCAAAAUCCCACACAUUUUCUUGACCAACGGUUCCGGAAAGGUUGAGCCUACUCGUUGCGCUCAACUCUCCCAGAUUCUUGGAAACCCUGUUGCGACCGAACAAUUCAUCCAAUCCCACACCCCUAUGUCUGCCUUAGCCGAAUAUUACGAUACUGUCUUGGUUGUUGGUGGUGAAAACUACCAGUGCCGAGCAGUCGCCAAAUUGUACGGAUUCAAGGAUAUCGUCGUACCAAACGAUAUUGUAGCCUCCAUCCCUACCAUCUCCCCCCUCAAGGAAUUCUUCACCGCCGAACAACGUGCCACAUCCACCCCAAGAGACUUUAGCAAAGUCAAGAUCGAUGCCAUCCUUGUCUUCUCUGAUUCUCGCGAUUAUGCCACCGAUCUCCAAAUCAUCAUGGAUCUCCUCCAAUCUGAGGAUGGUGUUAUCGGCACCUACGCCAAGGACCCUGUCUCCCAACGUAUCCCCAUCUACUUCUCUCAAGGAGAUCUCUUGUGCCCUACUGAGCACCCAACUCCCCGUAUGUCCCAAGGUACUUUCCGUAUCGCUCUCGAGGCUAUCUACAAGUCCAUCACUGGAGUUGAACUCGAGCGUGUCGUUUACGGAAAGCCUGAAUUGGCUACAUACAAAUAUGCCGAUGAGAUCAUGACAUCUUGGAUGGAGACCAUCCACGGCGAGGAGAAGUUGCCAGAGAACAUCUACAUGAUUGGUGACAACCCAGCAUCUGACAUCAUCGGUGGAAACAACUACGGCUGGAACACUUGUUUGGUCCGCACUGGUGUGUUCCAAGGUGGUGAGAACGACGUGGAGAACCCAGCCAACUUCGGUGUCUUCCCCAACGUUUUGGAAGCCGUCCAAACUGCUUUGAGAAAGGAAUUGGGUGCUGAUUUCAGAAUGAACUGGAGCGAUUCCAUGAACCCAGUUGUUGGCGAUUCAUCUGCCAGCGCCAUCGAGUAG